AUGCUGCCACCUUUUGCUCUCCUUUGUCGAGCAAUUGCUAUUGUUGAAUCCAUGGCAGGAAUUCUAGGAUCUGGAAUUAUCUUGGCUGCCAGUUCAUGGAGUUGCAUGGGGAGCAAAACAUGGCUCCCAUAUGAUAUGAUCAUGAUCUCACUGAGUUCAUCUAAAAUAACACUACAUUGCUGGAUUAUACUGGAUUUAUUCUUAACUAUAUUUUGUGAACCCUCCUAUUUUGAAGAGAAUAUAUAUGGAGUUAUCAAGACAGUCUAUUUGUUUUUGAACUACUCCAGCCUCUGGUUUGGAGCAUGGCUUAGUGUCUUCUAUUGCAUCAAGGUUGCCAGUUUUACAGAGCCUUUCUUCAUCUGGCUGAAGCAAAGAAUUGCCAGGUUGGUGCCCUGGAUGCUGCUCACAUCGUGGCUCUGCUCCAUCACAGCCCCAAUUCCCUUUGCCUUGCAUGUCUACAGGUUGCACAACAACUUCACUGCUCCUUCAUCCCUGACAGAAUCUUCAGCAAUGGGAACCACAAGGAGAGACAGUUUGGGUGUAUUAAUUCUUCUCUCUAAUGCUGGUGGAGGCAUGCCUUUAAUCCUGUCUGUUGUUUCAAGUGUCCUGCUGGUUUGGUCUCUGUGGAUACACACCAGACGGAUGCAAAAUAAUGCAAGUGGCUUCAGGGAUCCUACCUUAGAGGCACAUAUGAAAGCCAUCAAGUCAGUCUGUUCCCUACUUAUCCUUUACAUUACAUAUUUCAUAGCUUUCACUCUUCUUUUAUACAAUUUUUUUUUAGAGUCUAGCAUCACAAAACCCAUAUGCAUAGCUGUAAUGGCUGCCUGUCCUACAGGACACACGUUGGUUUUAAUUUGGAGCAAUCCAAAAUUUCGAGAGCUGUCAGACAGGAUUUGGCACAAUGUUAACUGUCAUGUCAGAACUGCAUCCAUGUAA